CACCAGCAGAGCAAGCGGGACAAGGUGGCCCAAGGUUGCUGGUGGUCACGCUUCUCGGACACCCCGAAAUCCCCGCCCGCUCUGCCGGGGUCCGGCUGAACCUGCCGACCGGGUGGUUCAGCCUCUCCCGUGCGCCCCAGCUCCUGCCUCUUCCUCCUCCUCCUCCUCCUCAUUGGGGAGGAGGCCCCAUCGGCGCCUCCCCGGCGUGCCGGGGCAGAGCUGCGUGCGAGCGAGGGAGCAUCAUGGCCGAGCGGCUGUCGGAGGAGAAAAUUGCCGAAUUCAAGGAGGCUUUUUCCCUUUUCGACCGCGACGGGGAUGGUCGUAUCACCACCAAGGAGUUGGGCACCGUGAUGCGCUCGCUGGGGCAAAACCCCACGGAAGCGGAGCUGCAGGACAUGGCAGUGGAGGUGGACACGGACGGCAGCGGCACCAUCGACUUCCCCGAGUUCCUCUCGUUGAUGGCGAGGAAGAUGAGGGACACGGACAGCGAGGAGGAGAUGCGCGAGGCUUUCCGUGUCUUCGAUAAGGACGGCAAUGGCUACAUCAGCGCGGCAGAGCUGCGGCACAUCAUGACCAACCUGGGCGAGAAGCUGACGGACGAGGAGGUGGACGAGAUGAUCAAGGAGGCCGACUUCAAUGAUGACGGCCAGGUCAACUACGAGGAGUUUGUGAGGAUGAUGACGGAGAAGUGAGGUUCCCCCACCACCCACUUCCAACUCCCAACCUGCAGGGAACAGAGGUCACGGUGGCCCCCCAGCCCCUCUCUGCCUUUUUUUUGCCAUCCCGGGUUGGAAAAAUCCUCUUUUAUCCCAACCAGAGCAUCACCAGCAAGUAUCUGCGUUGGAUACGGGCAUCCCACCUGGUAGGAUGGGUCUGCGGGUGCAGAUGGACCUGGGGGGUUCCUCUCUGCUGCCCGCCCAAUGGGACACACC